UUAAAUAGUUGUUAUUGUGGGCAUGGUGCGUGUGGUGACUUGGUUUCUGGUUAUGUGUUUUGUUUGCCAGUGUAACGUAACGAGGAACACGCGAACAUUGCAAAAACUUAUAACGCAAAUUCGUGCAUAUACUGUCUAGUUUUUGUAGAGUUGAAAUGGCGAAAGGGAAGAAAAAAAUGCGGACCACCUACAAGAGACCCGAGGGAACCCUUCAGCCCAAACAAGUCGAAAAGGAGACAAAGGAAAAUAAACCAGAAUUUAAUGGGGAUGCAGGUAAUGGUCAGACCACUUUACCAAGUUUUUGGAGUCCCAGCAAACCCAAAUCUCCUCUGUGCAACAACUCAAGUUCUCUCAGCCAAGAGGAAAAUGUUCCUGAGAAAUUGACUCUACAAACUGAGAAAUCAAAGCAAGGGAAAGUGAGACAGAAUCAAGUUAACUCUCAAGCUGGUGUGUCUCGGCAAGCGGAGAAUAAAGUGAGGACCUGCUUGGCUCCUCGAACCAGAGAAACAACUGCCUUGAAGGUCGAGGAGGAUCCUAAAUCGCACCCCAACCCAGGGCUUGCGCCAGAUGUCCCCAUGCCCAAAUCUAAGGGGGGGGCUAGUCAAAAAGUCAAAAAAGCACAAGGCAGUGCUGCCCAAAACAGGAAGGUCACAGAUUAUUAUCCGAUUAGACGGAGUUCCAGAAAAAGCAAAGCUGAAUUGAAGAACGAAGAACACCGACAGCUUGAUGACCUGAUAAAACAUGGAGUUGAAGAAGGACUGCAGGUAAAAAAUAUAGAGGGGAAGGGAAGAGGAGUGUUUGCUGUCAGAUGUUUCAAGAAGGGUCAGUUUGUAAUUGAGUAUCAUGGUGACUUGUUGCAUCUGACUGAUGCCAAGAAGAGAGAGGCUCUGUAUGCCCAAGACCCUGGGACUGGCUGCUACAUGUACUAUUUUCACUAUCUCAGCAAAACCUACUGUGUUGAUGCUACAAAAGAAUCAACUCGCCUGGGAAGGCUGCUAAACCACAGUAAAAAUGGCAACUGCCAGACCAAGCUCCAUGACAUGGAUGGAAUACCUCAUCUCAUACUGGUGGCUUCAAGGGACAUUGAGGCUGAGGAAGAGCUGGUUUAUGACUACGGUGACCGUAGCAAGGAAUCAAUAUGUGCUCACCCAUGGCUCAAAUACUGAUGUUCCACCAGAGUAUUCUCUCAAGAGAAUGACUAGGUGCAUUCAUUUAUUCAAAAAGAGAACCUGUUCUCUUUUUGUUUUUUAAAAAUCCAUUCCAUUGGCCCUAAGGUGCAAACUGCUUUCCGGUGAGACAAAUUCAGUGUGCCUGUUUGGGCAAAACGGUGGCAGUAUGAACAAGGUGGAACACAACCUUUUUAAGAUGGCACAUGGGUUAAAUUUGUUUUUAAAACUAUCAAUUUAUUGCUGGAUUUGGAUGGAGUUUUUAUACAUAUUAAGGCCAGUGUGUCCAUGAUGUGUGAAAUAUAUUUAACAUACUAGCUAUUGUUUUUAGGUUGCUUUUAUAUAAGUGAUUAAUUUAUCAAGCUAUGUAUGGUUCUAGUUGAUGCAACAAUAUGUUGCAUAGGAGCGUCAAUGCUCUCCUGGCUUCGGGGAGGACAGCUUAUACUUGAUUUGAAAAUGUAGCUUUUGUUGCAAUGGGUGAAACAUCCGAAUGAAUUUUGAAUUAAAUGUAAGUUGCUCUUUUUGAACAAAUGAACUGUGUACAUAGACAAAUCUUUUCAUAAAUCUGGCUAGCAUGGAAGCUCAUUUUGCAAAGCAUAGAAAGGCAAGCUUAUUAAUAUUCAGACGUGUAACAGUCCACCAUCCUUGUAUGAGUAUUUCACAACGUGCAACAGAUUAAAUAUAUUUGGUGUGAUUUUAUAACAGUAAUAUUUCAAAUUGCUUUCUUUACAGCUGCUCUAUUGUUUGAGGUCAAAUGGUAGUUCAAAAGCCCUUUGCGCUAGUUUAAAAGUUAAGUUCAAUCACUCAGUAAAUAGCAAAGAAAAUGUCAUUUAAAAAAUUCAGGGUGCAUUAAAAAAAUUCAGGGUGAACAAUUUAGUCAACUCUUUAUAUAGGCUCCUGUGUAGUGCCCCCCCCCCCCCCCCAGCCUAAAUUUGUAAUGUCAGAAACUCUACAUGGUGUCAGGCGUUACACAGGGGUGCUGGCACAUUGACUCCAAUGCUUACCACAGUUGUCAAGUUUGCUGGAUGUCCUUUAGGUGGUGGACCAUUCUUGAUAUACAUGAGAAAUUGAGUGUGGGGGGGAAACUAGCAGCGUUGCAAUUCUUUGACACAAACCGGUGCGCCUGGCACCUAAUACCAUACACUGUUCAACGGUACUGGUCUUGCCCAGUCACUCUGAAUGGUACACAUGCAAAAUCCAUGUCUCAGGGCUUAAAAAUCCUUUAACCUGUCUCCUCCCCUUAAUCUACACUGAUUAAGUGGAUUUAACAAGUGACACUUAAGGGAUCAUAGCUUUCACCUAGUCAGUCUUGUGGUAAGAGCAGGUGUUAAUGUUUUGUAUACUCAGUGUACAUAAAAAGAAAAUCCUAUUUGCUAAAACAUUCCAAUGGCAGUAGAGUGCUCAUGUAGUCUUGGAGGUCCUGUCUCUACUGGGGCUACUGUUGUAACCCCCAACUUGAAUGUUGGUCUUUGCAAGGUUCCAUCUGUCCAUCCAGAGUUUGAACCAAGUAGUGAUUAAUGUUCAACCAAAAAGGAAUCUUCUGUUACAGCUCAUUUUUGUACAAAGUUCAAGGAAACAUGAGUUUAUCGUGCAUCUACCAUGUUAUUCUACCUAAAGUGCAGAAAUAGGAAUUUUCCCUUAACUAUUAAUGACAUGACACAUCUAUAAAAACACAAUGCUGAGAUACUUUUAAAAGGCUUAAUUAUUCUAGAGUUUCAAAUGCCAUUCUGUUCAAGUUAAAUUAUCCUAGUACAAAGGAAGCAUAGGAAAAACGUGUGCAUAAAAAUGUUUGGUUUAUCGUUGGUGUUAAUGCUUUAGGUCUUUCUCACACCGGUUGUCCUCAUUUCCGCCUGAAUGAAAACCUACAAAUAAAGACAUUAGUUCAGAAUGCA